AUGGGAUUAUUGACUCUCUAUCUUUCAGGACAAUUAAUAUACCUUCUCAAAAAGAAUAGACACAAAUUUCAGGACAAGAUGGAUAGUAUUGCUAACAACGGUCCGUUAUCGAUCAUUUCAUAUUGCGCGUCUUCAAUCUUGAUGACCGUAACAAACAAAUAUGUCUUACUGGGUUACUCGUUCAACUUGAACUUCUUCCUUUUGGCUGUUCAAUCAGGUGUUUGUAUCGCCACCAUCGCCACCUUAAAGGCAUUUGGCGUUAUCACCUACCGUCAAUUUAACACCGAUGAAGCCAAGAAAUGGUCUCCAAUCGCUUUCUUACUUGUUGCUAUGAUCUACACCUCUUCGAAGGCUUUACAGUUCUUGUCAAUCCCAGUUUACACUAUUUUCAAGAACUUGACCAUUAUCUUGAUUGCUUACGGUGAAGUUAUAUGGUUUGGCGGUAAGGUUACCUCUAUGGCUCUUGGUUCAUUCUUGUUGAUGGUUUUCAGUUCCGUCAUUGCCUGUUACGGUGACUCUUCUGCUGCCAAGACUGCUGAAGAUACCUUUUCCUUGUACGCUGGAUACUUUUGGAUGCUUACCAACUGUUUCGCAACCGCCUCUUUCGUCUUGAUCAUGAGAAAGAGAAUUAAGUUGACCAACUUCAAGGAUUUUGAUACCAUGUACUACAACAACUUGUUGUCCAUCCCAAUCUUGUUGGUAUGUUCUUUAGUCUUCGAAGACUGGUCCCCAACUAACGUUGAAUUGAACUUCCCAUCUGAUAACAGAACUGCCACCAUUUUAGCCAUGAUCUUCUCCGGUGCCUCUUCCGUUGGUAUUUCUUACUGUUCUGCUUGGUGUGUCAGAGUUACCUCUUCUACCACCUACUCCAUGGUCGGUGCAUUGAACAAGUUACCAAUUGCCUUAUCUGGAUUGAUCUUCUUUGACGCUGUUGUCAAUGUUGCAUCUGUUUCAUCCAUUUUUGUUGGUUUUGCUGCUGGUUUGGUCUAUGCUGUUGCCAAGCAACAACAAUCGAAGGAACAAGCUGCUCCAAAGUUGCCAAAAUAA